AUGAUGCUCAGUCCGGACCAGGCCGAGGCGGACCUCUCGUGGACUCAAUCCGACCCGGAGACGCUGCUGAGCGGCCUCAAGUCUGCGGGUUGCUCGUCGGAAGAGCCGGCGGAGGGCGACGAACGGGCGAGCAAGUGCCGGGCGGAUCAGCCUCUGAGCCGCGAGGAGAAGCGGCGACGGCGGCGGGCGACCGCCAAGUACCGCUCGGCCCACGCCACCAGGGAGCGGAUCCGGGUGGAGGCGUUCAACGUGGCCUUCGCGGAGCUCCGCAAACUGCUGCCCACUUUGCCACCGGACAAGAAAUUGUCCAAGAUUGAGAUCCUCAGACUGGCUAUCUGCUACAUCUCGUAUCUCAACCAUGUCCUGGAUGUUUAA